UUGAACUCUCUUCAAAGUUCAAGGGCACUAAACCAAGUACGGUUGGGUUGAGUGAGCAAUAAAAAAUACACCUCUGUUUUUUUUUUUUCUUAGAAAGCAUAUUCUUUUGAGAAGCACAACUCUGCCCUUUGGACCAGAUUACAGAGACUAGUAGCUAGAGUUUGGAGAAAAUUCCUCAGUCUCUGCAACACACGCUGGCUUAUUCUUCUCCUGGCAUGAAGAUGUUUUUGAUCCAGUCACCUUUUCUUGCAGUCAUCCCAUUCCUAGGCCUUGUCUUAACAGUAUGCCAUGGUGGGAAUGUACUGGUUUAUCCCAUCGAAGGAAGCCACUGGAUCAACAUGAACAUUCUCGUAGAGGCUUUGCAUGCCCGGGGGCACAAUGUCACAAUUAUGCGUACAGACAAAAGCUGGUACAUCAAGGAGAAAUCUCCACAUUACAGAUGGAUCACUGUCUCUGUUGAAGAGGCCCUGGAUGAGCAAUUUAUUAAUGAAAUGAUGAGGACAUUCGUUGAGAUACGAAGUGGAAAGAGGUCUGUGAUGAAUUUGUUUGAAAUGUUUGGCCAGAUGACAAAAUUUCACAGAAUACUGCGUAAAACUGUGGUGACGAUUUUUGAAGACUCAAAAUUAGUACAAAGCCUUCUGGAAAGCCAGUAUGAUUUAGUUCUUACUGACCCCUGCUGGGCUGUUGGGACAUUCUUGGCACACUACCUUCACCUACCCUUGGUUUACAAUGUAAGGUGGCUUCCAAUUGGAGAGGGACACUUUGCCAUUGCUCCAUCACCAUUAUCUUACAUUCCACUAACUGGAUCUGGCUUUUCAGACAAGAUGACCUUUACUGAGCGGUUCAGAAAUGUGCUUCUCUUUGGACUUUGGCUCUUUAAUGACAAAUUUCUGGUCAUGCCAUUUUACCAAGAUGUGGCCAAUCAGUACUUUGGUCAAGAUGUGAACCUCUACAUGUUAAUGCAAGCAGCUGAUAUAUGGCUCAUGAGAACUGAUUUUGUGUUUGACUUUCCACGGCCCACUAUGCCCAAUGUGGUUUACGUGGGAGGAUUCCAGUGCAAGCCUUCCAAGCCCCUUCCCCAAGACCUGGAGGACUUUGUUCAGAGCUCUGGAGAACAUGGUGUCAUUAUCAUGUCUUUGGGCGCUUUUGUUGGUGAACUUCCCCGUGAUUUAACAGAGGAAAUAGCAGCUGCGUUUUCCCAACUUCCUCAGAAAAUCAUCUGGAGGCACACAGGGGAAAGACCAGCAACCCUAGGAAACAACACACUAAUAGUCAACUGGAUGCCACAGAAUGACCUCCUUGGACAUCCUAAGACCAGGGCUUUUGUAGCACAUGGAGGAACCAAUGGAGUCCAAGAGGCUAUUUACCAUGGUAUGCCGGUGUUGGGAAUUCCAUUGUUCUUUGACCAAUAUGACAACCUCCUGCGGCUGAAGCACAGAGGAGCAGCCAAGAUCCUGGAUCUAGGAACUUUUGACAGGAGCGUCUUCCUCCAGGCCAUACAGGAAGUGCUUCAUGACCCGUCCUACAGGAUGAACAUGCAGAUGCUGUCCAGGCUGCACCAGGACCAGCCAAUGAAACCACUGGACCGUGCAAUCUUCUGGAUCGAGUAUGUCAUGAGACACAAGGGUGCUGCUCACCUGCGCACUGAGUCCUACAAGAUGCCCUGGUACUCCUAUCACUCUGUGGAUGUGAUAGCAGUGUUGUUAGCUGCUGUGUUGCUCAUAUUGUUCAUCACUGUUGCUGGUAUUAAAUUUCUGUGCUUCCGAGUUUGUUUUAAACAAAAAUUGAAACAUGAUUAACCACUGUACUAGCAUUUUAUUGGCCGCAUUGUUGUAGAAGAAAAGGUUAAAAAUGAACCGAUACAAUGUAUUAGUUUGUAAUACAUUAAUAGUAUUAGCUUUCUGUGCAGCAAGAAGUGCUAUAAAAUAAAACUGAAAUAUGAUUAAACUUCUCACCACAUCACUACAUAUGCUAAGAAACUGUCCAGACUUGCUCCAUUAAGCCGUUUGUUAUGAAUAUUCAUGACCUCAGGACAUAGCUGACAUUUUGGAGACAAAAUCAUGCUGGUUUGACUAAUGCUCACUGAUGUAAAUAUUGUGAUUAUAUUCCGGUAACCUUUAUCAUUAGAUGCUUAGACCUUACAUGCUGGUAACCAUUAUCAUUUAGCCUUUCCAUUUUCUAAACAUACAGCUCUUGCCACUCUUUGUCUCAGAAGCAUUUGUGAGCUGUUGCAUUUUUACAGACAUUAGACUGAAUACCUUAAUUGUAUCUAAACAGUCUACAUAUGAUGUGAUAUUGGCAAAGACAGAUACAUUUCCUUUAGGUUUUUUGAACAUUAUAUGUAUUGGUGGUCCUGUCUGAUGUAUGUGCCUGUGUCUCAUGCUGUUAACUGUUUGAUGGGGAAAAGCAGGCUAUAUAUUUAAUCUAUUCUAAGGUCACUUCUUUCUGCAAAUAUUAUAUAAGGUAUUUAAACAGCUACUGUCACUCAUAAUUAUUGUCUGCCAAUGUCAGCAUCAUUUAUCAAGUGAGAAUAAUUGUAAUGGAGAAUUUCUUUGAAAUUGCCUUAAUCAGAUGUCUGUGCUGAAGGGGUUCUUUUUUUAAAACAAACAACAAACAAUUCAUCUAUAGCAUCAUUGUAGAAAUAGCAUAGCCUGCAAUAAAUGUGUUUCAACUUUUGAAUGAAAUGUAGUGUAAUGUAAUCUAGUGACUGAUAUGCAUUACAACCAAACAAGAAGAUAAAUGAAAAUGACCAACAUUCUGAUAGGAAUGUGGUACCAUACUGUGCACAAGGCGCACAGCAGCAAUUACUGCUCUAAACAACUGAUGUUUUAAUGAUGAGUUAAUGUCUUUUUAGUGUUACAAGAAAUACAUAACUUUGCAAUGGUUGUCAAAAUAUUGCUAUGUCAGAGGACAUGCUUAAAAACAUUUGAUUUAAAAGCAAUUUAGAACUUUGAUUAAUUAGACAACCACUGUUCCUCUGAAGGAGUACAUUUUUGGGGGAUACAAAAUUAUAUACAGGAAGUUCAAUCUUCUGGAUUGUGUGAUGAGACACGAAGGUGCCGCUCGCCUACAGGAUACCCUGGUACUCCUAUAGCUCUGUGGAUGUCAUUUGCUUGAUGACUGACGUAAUGUUCAUGGUACUGCUCAUGUUUGCAAGUGUCAGAUACCUGCACUACAGGGUUUGUUCUGCUAGAAAGAUGCAACAUUAUUUAUAAAAGCAAUGGUUGAGUACGAUAAUUGUUAUGGUUAAAUUCUUAUUAUGCUCCAUUUUUCCAUACCUAUACACUGAAAUAAUUUCUGUGAACUUAGUCACUUCAGCUGUUAUUUUGUUUUCUCAAGCUAUGUUCUCACCUCCAUGAGAUCAUUGAAAAUUAGUAAAAGAACAUUUUUUGUUCACAUGUUUGGACGAAUGAAAUGGGAGCAUCUAGUACUUGUGAACUAUAUAUGUCUCAAUAUUUACUAAAACAUUUCAAACCUUUUUACAGUGUUGUCACCAGUGCCUUAUUCAUGUUUCAGACAUGCACCCUUUUCAGUCAGUUCUUGAAACAUGAAGACAUUUGUAUUUGAAGACCAUUAGUAUCACCACUACGUUGUAUCUGUGCACUAUGUAAUAGAAAAAAAAACAAUAUACUACAGUAGUUGACAAACAGCUAACUGCUACAGAAAUAACCCGCCACCUUGUAACGUGCUAGAAGACAUGCCUGCAAUCCUAGCUGGAUAGCGAUAUAAUGCAAGGUUGUUACUUACAAGCAAGAACAUAGCAUAGCUGGCUAGUUGGCUACAUAUAAUGAUGUUUCGAUUUGUCAAGCUUGCGAGCUAAUUGGCCAAACUUGACAUAAUUUAGAUGAAGUACUGGAUUUUGAUAUUUUGCCAUCCAAGAUUCAGCAUUAAAUUAAACUAUACCAGAGUUCUUUUGGUAAAGCAAAUUGUUAAAGU